AUGGUUCCCGAGGUAAGGGUCCUCUCCUCCUUGCUGGGACUCGCGCUGCUCUGGUUCCCCUUGGACUCCCACGCACGAGCCCGCCCAGACAUGUUCUGCCUUUUCCAUGGGAAGAGAUACUCCCCCGGCGAGAGCUGGCACCCCUACCUGGAGCCUCAGGGCCUGAUGUACUGCCUUCGCUGCACUUGCUCCGAGAAUGCCCACGUGAGCUGUUACCGCCUCCACUGUCCGCCCGUGCACUGCCCCCAGCCCGUGACCGAGCCGCAGCAGUGCUGUCCCCGCUGUGUGGAACCUCAUACCCCUUCUGGGCUCCGGGCCCCACCCAGGUCCUGCCAGCAUAACGGGACCACGUACCAACACGGCGAGCUCUUCAGUGCCCACGAGCUGCUCCCCUCCCGCCUGCCCAACCAGUGUGUCCUCUGCAGCUGUACCGAGGGCCAGAUCUACUGCGGCCUCAUGACCUGUCCGGAGCCAGGCUGCCCUGCACCCCUCCCGCUGCCCCCCUCCUGCUGCCAGGCCUGCAAAGAUGGGUCCGGUGAGAAGUCGGCUGAGGAGGACACCACGCAGUCACACCAAGGAGUGAGACAUUCCCAGGAUCCGUGUUCAGGGGACAGCGGGAGAAAGAGAGACCUGAGCACUCCGUCCCCCACCGGGCCCAGCGCCCCUUUGGGCUUCAUCCCUCGCCACUUCCGACCAAAGGAGGCAGGCAGCACCACGGUCAAGAUUGUUCUGAAGGAGAAACAUAAGAAAGCCUGUGUGCAUGGUGGGAAGACAUACUCCCAUGGGGAGGUGUGGCACCCAGCCUUCCGCUCCUUCGGACCCCUGCCCUGCAUCGUGUGCACCUGCCAGGACGGCCGCCAGGACUGCCAGCGGGUGAUCUGCCCCACUGAGUACCCCUGCCAGCACCCCGAGAAAGUAGCCGGGAAGUGCUGCAAGAUUUGUCCAGAGGACAAGGCAGACCCUGGCCACAGUGAGAUCAGUGCCACCAAGUGUCCGAAGGCAUCGGGCCGAGUUCUCGUCCACACGUCAGUAUCCCCAAGCCCGGACAACCUGCGUCGCUUUGCCCUCGAGCGUGAGGCCUCUGAGCAGGUGGAGAUCUACCUCUGGAAGCUGGUAAAAGGAAUCUUCCACUUGAUUCAGAUCAAGAAAGUCAGGAAGCAAGACUUCCAGAAAGAGGCACAGAACUUCCGGCUGCUCACCGGCACCCACGAAGGUCACUGGAACGUCUUCCUAACCCAGACCCCGGAGCUGAAGGUCACGGCCAGUCCAGAUAAAAUGACCAAGACCUUAUAA